GUUAAUUAGAAUGGUAGGCAACUCUUGAGCUGUAACAGUACUACUUGCACAUUAACUAAUGCAACCAUUGACUUUGAAGGCCAAUAGGAAUGGAUUAUCACCUGCAGAUUAACUGUCUCUCUGCAUUAAUAAUGUAUUAGGUCCCUGUUAUUCAUUAAAUAAUUCUUCCAUUGACUUUUGGUAGCAUUUAGAUCCAAUCCAAUAAUAAUUCAUUCACUAAUUUUGUUAGAGUAUGCUAAUGUGAGAAGGCCCUUUAUGCUGAUAUUAAUCUUCACUUUUCAUUAAUUACAAGUUUUCUCCUACUGCAAACUUUGGUAUUUAUCAGGUAUGUUUCAGUAAUUUUUUCUAAUUUCACUUGACACGUUAUAUCUUAAAAUUUUGGUCAUGCAUUUAGCUAUAAGGCCUUUGAAACUUGCAGGAGUUUUCUACUUUAUCUACGGAAGAUGUCUGACAAGAGUUUGGAGAUUAGGCCCUGCUUGGUUGCUGAGCCAUCUAAACAUCUGCAAAAUCGAUGUAGCGACCCUAUGAAUGAUGAGGAGAUAUUUGGUUUUGAGAAUGACGCUGAAAGGAUAAUUAAGCGUCUGAAUGAAGGAAAAGAGGAGCUAGACGUCAUUCCAAUUGUUGGGAUGGCUGGACAAGGUAAAACAACUUUUGUUAGAAAGUUGUAUAAUGAUGAUAACAUUGUUUACCAUUUUGAUGUUCAAGCAUGGUGCAUCAUUUCCCAAAUAUAUAACCGACAAGAGUUAUUACAAGAGAUUUUCAAUCAAGUUUCCGGUUCCAAGGCCAAGGUAGAUGAGGUUGGCAAACUUGCUGACAUAUUGAGGAGAAAAUUACUGGACAGGAGAUAUCUGAUUGUCUUGGAUGAUAUGUGGGAUAUUAAAGCGUGGGAAGAUUUAAGAUUAUCUUUCCCAAAUGGUGAAACAGGAAGUAGAAUAAUAGUAACAACCCGACUUGAGGAAGUAGGUAAGCAGGUCAAACACGAUACCGAUCCUUAUUCUCUCCCAUUCCUCACACGUGAUGAGGGUCUAAAGUUGUUGCAGAAAAAAGUGUUUCAAAAGGAAGCUUUCCCACCUGAACUACAAGAUGUCAGCCUAGCAGUUGCAAAAAGAUGCAAAGGACUGCCUCUAGUGAUUAUCUUGGUAGUUGGAAUAAUCAAAAGGAAGAAAAUGGAAGAAUCUUGGUGGCAUGAGGUUAAAAAUUCUCUACUUUCCUAUCUAGGUGAGGCUGAAGGAUAUAGUCUUUCGACUAUGCAGUUAAGUUAUGAUAAUUUACCCGAUUCUUUAAAACCUUGCCUCCUUUAUUUGGGGAUGUUUCCUGAGGAUGCGAGAAUUCCAGUUUCUAAAUUGAUAAGUUUAUGGAUAGCGGAAGGCUUCGUGCAGAACAUUGUGUCAGAGAGAUUAAUGGAAGAGGCAGCUGAAGAUUACUUGAUGGAUCUCAUUAGCAGUAAUGUGGUGAUGGUUUAGAGGAGAAGAUAUAACGGUAAAGUCAAAUACUGCCAGGUUCAUGCUGUCGUACUUCACUUUUGCUUGGAGAAAAGCAGAGAAGAAAAAUUUAUGUUGGCAGUGAAGGGGAAUUAUAGCGACUUUCAACUUUCCGAAUGGAAGGAAACUCGACUAAGCAUCAAAUUAACUAAGCUUUCCAUGAUAUUGCUCCCAGCAGAGCCAUUAAGGUCACUGAUAACAAAUGAUGGAGGAGAAUUUUUACUAUGGAAUCCCUUCCCUGAGAUUAGUAAAUUGGAAUUUCUUAAGGUGUUGGAUUUGAGUUCUCAUGAAGUGGUUCCUUUGUCAUCAGCUAUGUUUCAUCCACUAAUUUAUCUGAAGUACCUCGCAGUUAGGACAAAACAAUUUGAUUUCCAUCCGGAAUCACAUAUAUGCCAUCUUGAAACAUUAAUUGUUCUUUCUUACAUGAGCGUAGUGUUACCCCCGAUUUUCUGGAAAAUGGAAAAACUAAGACAUGUUGAGAUUAGUGGAGUUGUUUUUUAUUUGGAAAACGUUAAGCAGGGGAUCUUUGAAGAAUCCUCUAAAUUGGAAAAUUUGAGGAUAUUAAGGCAUGUUUGUUAUCCAAUUAACGAUGGUGAAUGCAUGGAUGUCUUAUUACGGAGGUGUCCUAACGUUCAAAAUCUUAGGCUCACUAUCUCUAGCAGAAAGGUUCCUGGAGAGAUUUGUACUUUCAGUCCCAAACUAGAGAGUCUUACUCGACUGCAAUUACUUGACGUUUUCUUUGAGGGUAGGAGAUUUAGCAUACCUGAGUUACACUUUCCUUCAAAUCUAAAGAAGUUGAAACUUGAAGGACCACAUAUAGUAAGCGCAGCUCCCUUGAUUGCGGGACUACCAAAUCUAGAGUAUCUCAAAUUACAGGAUUGGGGAACUAAAUCAGAAGAGUGGUGCCUCAAAGAUAUCAAGUUCAAUAAACUUAAGUUGUUGAAACUGGUGUCGUUAGGUAUCUCAAGGUUGGAUGACCCAGAGGAAUCUUUUCCAAAGCUUGAAACGCUUGUUAUAAGAAUGUGUCACAAGCUUGAGGAGAUUCCCCCUAGCUUUGCCGAUAUUGAAACAUUGAAACAGAUAAAGUUGAUUGGGCGCAGGCCACAAACUCUGGAGCCUUCAGCUGCGAAACUUAAGGAAGACAUCGAAGAGAUUGAAGGAUACAGCCGUCUUAACCUCAUUAUGGACGUUUGGAUCAGUAAGCAACAUAGCCGGAAGCUGCCACUUCAAGCACAAAUUCGACUUCUAUGGCUUUGUUUAUAGCCAAGACCUUCCCCUUUCCUGCCUUGAUUUCAGCUGACUGC